AUGUAAUUUUGGUUUAAUAGGUUAGAAUAACAAAUUUAGUUAAGAAAGUAAUUUGAGCAAAUAAUACUCGUAUAUAUUAAUUGCACGCUACUUAUCAAAAAGGAAUACAAAAUUUGAGGCAAAAGAAUAAAUUUAAAUGAAGUCAUUCGUCAUGUUUUUUUUGAAAAAUCACAGAUAGUUAUUUGAUAGCCUUUCAAACAAUGAAAGACAUUUUCUUAAAUUUGAGAAAAUUUUGAAUUUCAACCCUAAAAUUAUGGACGUAAAAGAAAAAGACGGGAAACUUUCGUGGUCGGAACUAAAAGGAGUAGUGAAUGAUCUUCGAAGGCAAUUAUCUAGCUUGUCUAGCAUGAUUCCAACAUCAGUUUCUUUUAGAACUUUAGCUGAUGGCAGAACUAGAAUAUAUUAUUUAAGUACCCCACAAAAUGCCUGGGAAACAACACUUUUAUAUUCAGACAUACCAAGUAGUUGUCAGUCUACUAGUAUGAGGUUACAUUCGUAUUGUGUUAUAGAAGCUAACUUUCCUAGUUUAUCAUCAUCUAAUAAAUUUUCUAGAGAAGAACAGUUGUUAUGGGAAAGAAAACGUUUAACAACGUGGGGUAUUACAUCGUAUGAAAUCCAUCCUGAAUCGGGGAAAAUAAUUUUUUCAACUACAGGCACUUUAUUCCAAUGCAUUGAUAAUGGAUAUUCAAAUGGACAACUGUUUCCAACAAAAUUACGCAUGAUGUCAGCUGGAGCCAAACUGAACCCUCAAAUUUGCCCUUCAAAUCCUGAUUUAGUAGCAUAUAUUUGUAAUUAUGAUAUUUGGGUUGCUCACACUGUAUCAGCAUGUAAUGUACGCUUGACUUAUGCUCAUAAAGGGGGUAGAAAUCUUGCUGAUGAUCCUCUGUGUGCUGGAGUUCCUUCAUAUGUAAUGCAGGAAGAAUUUAAUAGGUAUCAAGGAUACUGGUGGCAACCAACAUGUAAAGAUGGAAUUUAUCGAAUAUUAUAUGAAGAAGUGGAUGAAGGAGAUGUCAAGAUAUUCUGUUUUCCUUCAUCUCAAGGUGAUUCUGGAGAAAUAGAAGAAUUCAGAUUUCCAAGAGCGGGUUCUGCAAAUUCAAAGUCCUAUUUAAAAAUGAUAGAAUUUAAACUAAAUGAUAAUAAGCAAAUAGUUGACAUUUGUAUGUUAGAGUUGCAGUUCUCCCUUUCUAUGUUGUUUCCUUGGAUGGAAUACUUAGUACGAGUCGGAUGGGUGCCUGACACGGAAUAUAUUUGGGUUCAAUUGCUAAAUCGAAGACAGCAACGCUUAGACCUUGUUCUUUUAUCACUGAACAACUUUACAGAAGUGCUUCCCAUGUAUGAUAGUGACGCAAGUAGUAUUCAUCUGGGAAGUCCUAUUGUUCAAGUAAUUCUUUCCCAGGAAUCUCCCAUUUGGAUUAAUGUUCACGACCUUUUGUAUUUUCUACCGUCCGUAGAUAAUAAUGAAAUCCAAUUUAUUUGGGCCUCAGAAGAUACUGGUUUUCGUCACCUGUACUUGAUCACUUCUCAGAUUAUGCUAUAUACUAACGGUAUUAUGGAAACAAUGGAGCCUAUGGAUUUUGUAUUUUUGCAACCAAAAAUAUCACAGAAAGUAGCUUUGACUUCAGGUGAUUGGGAAGUCUUAGGACAGAAUUUGUGGGUGAACAAUGACAGACAGUUGGUCUACUUUAUGGGCUUAAAGGAAACACCUUUAGAAAAACAUUUGUAUGUGGUUUCACUAAGAAGACCAGGUGAAGUUCGAUUACUCACAAGACCAGGUUAUUCAUACAAUAUUGAUUUUAACGAGGAAUGUACGAUAGUGGUUGCGGUAUACAGUAAUAUCGAAAAAUUACCUGCUUGUCAGGUAUUUAGAGUUGUUCACACUGAUUGGACUGUAGAUGGUUUAUCACUUACGCCAAUCGGAUAUAUAUUAGAAUCCGGCCCAUGUGUAAAUCCCAGUUUUCUUCCCAAAUUAUACACUCAUGAAGUAUCUGGACAAGUUCUCUAUGCCAUGGUCUUCAAGCCCCAUAAUUUUGAGCCCCAUCAGAAAUAUCCGACAGUAUUAAACGUCUAUGGGGGUCCCGAAGUUCAACUUGUUUCAAAUACAUUCAAAGGAAUGAGGCAACUAAGGAUGCAUAUGCUAGCUGCGAGAGGAUAUUGCGUGAUUGCAAUUGAUUCACGGGGGUCUCAACAUAGAGGGUUGAUAUUUGAAAGCCACUUAAAAGGUCGGAUGGGCACUGUGGAACUUCAGGACCAGGUAGAAGUUUUGAAAUGGCUCAUCGAUAGUUUAGGAUAUAUCGACACAAAUCGAGUAGCAAUUCAUGGGUGGUCAUACGGUGGGUAUCUGAGUUUGAUGGGUCUAGUGCAUUAUCCAGAAAUGUUUAAAGUAGCGGUCGCAGGAGCUCCUGUAACAAAUUGGAAUCUAUAUGAUACAGGAUAUACAGAAAGAUAUAUGGAUCUACCGGAGCACAAUCCUCAAGGAUACAUUGAAGGAUCUGUAUUGAAUCAUGUCAAUAAAUUUCCAGAUGAAGAGAAUCGUUUACUAAUAAUUCACGGAUUAAUGGAUGAAAACGUUCAUUUUUAUCAUACAAGUCAGUUAAUAAAUUGUUUGAUAAAGGCAGGAAAGCCGUAUCAGUUACAAAUAUACCCUAAUGAAAGGCAUUCUCUCAGACAUUUGGACGCAAGUAAACAUUAUGAGACUACGUUGCUUUCGUUUUUGCAAAAUAAUUUGUAGUUAUUGAAAAUUAAAGAAAACAAAAAUAUCAGCUAUGUAAUUAAAACGAUCAAAGUAAAUACUAAUAAUAAUUUUAAUAAAUGGAGACUUCGUGGCAGUAAUAGUAACUUGAGUACUGUAAGAAUGCCUUUUGAAUUGGAGCUGUGCUGUAAUUUUUUUAAAAUUACGAAACUAGUAAAAUGUAAUUUGAUAUGGGGUGAUGGUUAUCUAAAUUAUAAAAGGAAACGUAACAAGCAACAAAUACUUCUUGUUUUAUCAUUUCUUUAUCGCACCUUUUUUCUCAAUGCCUUAAAUUACAAAAUUUAACUCAUUUCAAUUUAUCGAAAAAAAAUGUAAGUGUAAAUGACAAGAAAUUUUAUGGAAUUUAAAAUCUUGGUAAAUUCUUGCUGCUUGUAACUGUCCUUACCAGUAAACUCGGAAUUUAAAAUUAUUGAUAUUGUCACGAAUAUAAAGCAACAUGAAUUUCUACUUUCAAAAGUGUAGUUAAUUUGUUUAAAAAUGUUAUAAAAUCAUUUUAAAGAGAAUGACGUGUGUAUAUUAGCUGUAAAUGUAAUUUUUAACAAAAUGAAUUUUUGAAUUAGUUAUUUAUUUGUAUUAUAUGAUCUCCACUGAUGAAUAUAUUCUAAAAAUUACCAAGUUUUUGUGCGGUAAUUGGAAAGUGUUAA